GAAUAAGUUUCGCGAUUUCACGGUGGGAGAUUUAAAACAUCGGAUAAAUAAGGUUUUGACAUUGAAUACUGUUAGACCAAAAUAGGAUGUGUUUUAUUUAAUUGUUGUCGUGUCGUACGAACGAUGAGAAAUAUCUUUGGUGGGUUCGUGUUAGUGCUGCAAGUUUUAGAAUAUCAGUGUCAAAUUAAUGUCAACGUUUCGGUUAACGUUGGAUUAGGAUUUUCAAUUACCGAAUACAUCUCUAAUCUAGGCUACCCGGUAGAAGAGCACGUGAACAUCGAAACCGAAGAUGGAUAUCUCCUGGACAUGCAGCGCAUACCGAGGGGCAGGGACGACGAGGACACCACUGAAAAGCGGCCCGUCGUCCUUUUGAUGCACGGCGUCCUCGGCUCGGCCGAGAAUUGGAUUGUCCUGGGGGCGAAGAAGGGAUUACCAUUUUUAUUGGCAGAUCAGGGCUAUGAUGUGUGGAUGGGGAACGCGAGAGGAACGUUGCACUCCAGGAAACACACGCAUCUGAAACCCGAUGGCGAUGACAGGUUCUGGCAGUUUAGUUGGCAUGAAAUUGGCGUGUACGAUUUACCGGCCAAAAUCGACUACAUCUUGGAGGAGACGAAUCAAACACAGUUGUACUACGUGGGACAUUCGCAGGGCACUACGGCGUUUUUCGUCAUGGCUUCAGAAAGACCUGAAUACAAUCAAAACAUUAAAUUGAUGAUGGCGUUGGCUCCGGUCGCCUUCAUGAGCAACUUCCCUCAUCCUGCCAUACAAGUACUGGCACGAUUUGAAAGGGGCUUAACUGCACUAACAGGAAUUAUAGGAUUAAACGAGUUUUUGCCAACCAAUAAUAUAUUGAGUCUGGCAGGUCAAGCCUUGUGUCAAGAAAGAGCAGUUAUUCAAGAAUUGUGUGCAAACAUCUUGUUUCUAAUAGCUGGCUACGACUCGGAACAAUUAGAUAGGGCAACUCUACCAAUAUUAUUGGCAACUUCGCCUGCUGGAUCGUCUAUGAAACAAUUUUCUCACUACGGUCAAGAAAUCAGUACAGACAACAUCUUCAACACGGCAUGCAAAAUGUUUAACAAAGGAAUCGUCGAACCCAUAUUUCGAAUGUUUGCUGGCUCAUGUCGUAUUUCCCCUGGCAAGUUUCAACAAUUUGACUAUGGAUAUCUGGAAAAUCUGGAAAGAUAUGGGCAAACAGAACCACCACAGUAUGAUUUAUCUAAAGUAACAGCUCCAGUUGCUUUAUUUUAUGCCAAUAACGAUUGGCUGGUAUCUGAAAAAGACGUUGAACAUUUAGCCGCACUACUUCCGAAUGUUGUUCUGAAAUAUCUGGUACCACUCCAAAGCUUCAAUCAUCUUGAUUUCAUUUUGGCCAAAGAUAUUGUUCCGUUAGUGUAUUCAAAAAUGUUUGAACUAAUGAAAAAGCAAUAAAAAUUUGACACGCAAA